AUGAACAAAAUACAACAAGAUGGAAAAUUAAAUUCAGAAUCAACAAUAAAAUUUAAUUCAAGUUUAGAUUUUAAAAUUUGUUCAUGUAAGCAAAAAGUUUUAAAAGACGAUUGGGAGGAUCACCAAAUAAUAUGCCCAAAAAGACGGUUGACAUGUCCAGCUUUUGUAUCAUUUUUAAGUGCCCUUUCAAAAUUUGAACAACCAUACUGGAAAACAUAUGGAGAAAAAUACGCAGAAUAUUCAUUAUCAUUAGUUGAAUCUAAUUGUCCACCAACAUUGAAAGAAUUAACAAAAUUACAAAUUUUGCAGAGCAUAGGUAAUUUAGAAGAGCUUAAAACAAACCGAAUUCCAUCAGCUAUAAUUCAUACACUUCGAUGGGAAUGUCCUACAUUUUCGACGAAAGCAGAACUAAACAAGCAUUUGGUUGAUCCGAUUUCACAACGAUUACCUUCAACACCAAAUAUUUUUCCAUAUCAUUGUUCAUUAUGCGAUCAUUGUUUUCUAAAAUCAGAUACUCACAUAUGUAUGCCAUCUCCACCAAUUCCAGAAUAUGAUAUAAUAUGUCAUGGUUGUAAAUCAAAAUUAGAUCAACCGAAAAAAACAAAUUACGAGUUAGAAAAUAAAUGUCAGGUUUGUUGUAAUCAGGAUAAUAAUAAUCCAAUAGUGAUCGGUAUGGUUGGAAUGGUUAAUUUUCAUAAUGGAAAGAAUUAUGGAAUAGAAAAUCAAAAAAUGCAAUGGAAGAAUGUUAAACGGAACAUCAUUAAAUCUUAUGAUAAAACUCAUGAAACUAAGGCAAGUAUUAAUAAUAAUUUAAUAUGA